UCCCCUUUGGCUCUGUGCCCAGUUCAGUCUCACAUCCAAUGCUCUGAACACCUUGAGGAAGCCUUUGCUUUCAUGGUAACGUCCAACGGCUUCAUCUUCUUCAUCUCCUCUGCUGACAACUCGGUCAGUCUUUACCUUGCUUCAUUGUCGAUUCCAGCUCUCCUCGAGAUUUGAUAUCGAUUGGCAGUGUUAGUUGGUGGACUGGUUUGUGCGGUAGGGAUGAUCAUCAAAGGCUUGUUGAGGAGGUAUGAAAGAUGGAACCCUGUGCACCCAACCAUUGGAGCCUUCUGGGGCAUGGGCUUUGGUUUCGGAUGUGGCGUUGGUUGGGGGCCUGGGCUCGGCCCUGAGGUGAUUGGCUAUGUUGGAGCUGGGUGUGGUGUUGGUUUCAGUGUUGGCUUCACGAUGGCUGGCGUUGGCAUUGGUCUUCCUGCAAAUUACCUCUUUGAAGUACCUUAUAACGUUGUUAAGGCGACUAGAAGUGCAGUGGAAUUUGGAUGGUCCGGUGGAUUUCUUUCAUGGAAAAGCAUUCCUGUAGGACGCUGGAACCUGAUUGCACCUCAUGUUUCUCUCCUUCAUGCAGAGGCCAGUAGAAAGCUGUCAAACUUUAAGCAACAAAAUUUCCUUAGCACUCGAGCCAACUUAUUUGUUCCUUUACAAUCAGAGUCUGCUUGGAAAAGUUUACAAACAUUCAGCAGUCAUCGUUUCCAGCCACGUGAAGGUCCAAGAGGUUAAGAUAAUGGAGUAACUCCCCUUAGAAAAGCAUAUUCCCCCAGUUAUAGUUAUUCUAACUUUUGCAGAGGCGAUAUAUCCACAGACUGAAUGGAAAAAUGGCUUUUAGUCUUUUGGGCUGAACGAUGACCCAAAGGAGGGAAAAAGAGGGAAUGAAGAAAACUUCCAAGGCGGGAAGCUUGGGCUUCAGGUUUGCCAUAAGAUUAUGUGAUCAGAUGGAUUUGUUGAGGCAAACUUUUGCGAGGAAUGAGGAAGGAGGAUGAGUUCUUCAAAAGUGAACUGCUAUAAUUUUUUUUUUCCUGGGCCAAAGUCGAAUGUUGUCUUAGCUGUUAGAAUACUGUGCAGCUGGACAAUAUAUUAUCUUAGAUCAUGCUCCGGUACAUUUUUUUACCUAAGUAUAUAUUAGGGAUGAUGAUUGAUGAGGACUACAAAUGAAGGAGAAUGGAGAUUUGGUUAGUGAAGUAAA